AUGCCUCCCUACAACGACCUCUCUCGCUUCCACAGACUCCUAACCGAAAACCCCCGCAUCCUCCUCGUAUGCGGCGCCGGAUUGUCCGCAUCCUCGGGUCUCCCCACCUUCCGCGGCGCCGGCGGCCUCUGGCGGAACCACUCGGCCACGGCGCUAGCCACGCCGAUGGCCUUUCAGCGGGACCCGGGCCUCGUAUGGUUGUUCUACGCAUACCGCAGGCACAUGUGUAUGAAUGCCGUUCCGAACCGGGGACAUUUGGCUUUGGCGGCGUUGGCGGAGAAGUAUUCGAAUGUGUUUUGCGUUUCUCAGAAUGUGGACAAUCUUCUCGAGAAAGCCAACUACCCAAGAGAAAAGCUAAGAAAGAUCCACGGUUGCCUCUUCGGCCUCAAAUGUUCCGACGACACAUGCACGUGGCGGUCCACCAACUACACCGACGAUCCCCUGUGGCCCAUCCUCGCCCCUGCCUCCGAGGACGUCGACCCGACCAAGACCCUGCCGCUUCUGGACCCAGACCACCCCGCGCCUCAUAUCCCGGCCAAGGACAUCCCCAAAUGUCCGCAGUGUCAGAACGAAAGGGCCCUGCAGCGCCCAGACAUCGUAUGGUUCGGCGAGUCUAUGGAUGACCGGAAUGUGGACGAUAUCCAGAACUGGAUUGAUGAGGGCGUGGACGUUGUGCUAUCGAUCGGGACUUCGGAGGCGGUUAGCACGGCGGCCGGGUUUCUGUAUGACGCGAGGGCGCAGGGCGCUGUGUAUGUUAAUGUGAAUCUUGAUGCUGAGGAGGAGGACAGAUUGCGCUAUCUUGACGAGGAGGACUUUGCUUUCGGUGGUGAUGCAUCGGAGUUGCUUCCGAAGCUUUUUGGUCCCAUCAUUGGGGAGAUCUGA